CUGAAACUGAAAUUGAGCACUCGCGGUCAGUUCGGGUGUUUUGGUCCGAAACAAUGGCGAGUGCUGUACGCAAGAAACUUGUUAUUGUUGGAGAUGGUGCAUGCGGAAAAACUUGUUUACUUAUUGUGUUCAGCAAAGACCAGUUUCCCAAAGUAUAUGUCCCUACUGUAUUCGAAAACUAUGUUGCAGAUAUCGAAGUUGAUAACAGACAAGUUGAAUUAGCUCUUUGGGACACUGCUGGCCAAGAAGAUUAUGAUAGGUUACGGCCACUUUCUUAUCCUGAUACGGAUGUAGUUCUGUUGUGUUAUAGUAUUGAUUCUCCUGAUAGUUUCGAAAACAUUCCUGAAAAAUGGUUGCCAGAAAUCCGGCAUUUUUGUCCUGAUGUCCCCAUUAUCUUAGUUGGAAACAAAAAAGACUUACGACAUGAUGAGGCUACGAAGAAUGAGCUUCAUAGAACAAAGCAACUUCCCGUCACUUUUAAUGAGGGUAAAGAAAUGGCUGAAAAUAUUAAUGCUUAUGCCUUCUUUGAGUGUUCAGCUAAGACCAAGGAAGGUGUCAGCGAUGUUUUUGUAGCAGCUACUCGAGCCGCCUUGAAUUCAGCGAAGAAGAAGAGGAGGAAAUGUGAUUUAAUUUGAUCCUCACUGUUCUCUGAAUUGUCUAAACUUGAUUUUCCGGUCUCAAAAACGUACAUUCCCCUCCUAAUUCUUCCUCAGGACCUUAAAUUGCUACUUCUAUUGACUACUUGUUUCUUUAACGAUCAUACUUUUUGUUUACCAACAAGACAAUCCAUUCCACGGAAAUACUUACCAUUUAUUUUUGUCUUGAUACUAAGACAGGGCAUGCCUCAUGUAACUUAUAUUUAUUAAGAAUAAAUUAUUAUAAUC